AUGGAGAGUGAUGGCGGCGAGCUCACCCAACGUACUGAUGCCCCCUCUCGUCUGCUCCCCGCUCCUAACAUUUCGCCCCUCACGGCUGCAGCGACCCAGAAUGUCCUGGAUCCGCGGCGUGUCGGCAAGCAAAACUCGGGCUUCUCCGACGAUGACAUUUCCGACAUCAUCUGCCUCCUCUACCCAUACUCCCCCUUUGCCCGCCAAGAGGUCCUCCGCAUAGCCCAACACGACGCCACCCACAUCCUCGGUCGCGAACAGGCCGCCGCCAUCGAGCCCGACUAUGACCAGGAGCACCAGGCCGACAACUUCCAGCUUGCGCCACCGAACACGGGUGAUUAUGCCCUCAUCCUGAGGCUGUCGACGCUGGUCAAGGAUCCGCUGCAGGGGUUUCAGUUUGGCCGGAACGCGUCGCGAUGCGAUGUGUGCUUCAGCAAUGACCCUAUGAAGAGACUAUCCAAUGUCCACUUUCGGAUCUACGUGAACAAGUAUGGUGUCGUCAUGCUGGAGGACCAGUCCACGAACGGGACCUUUGUGGAUUCCAAUCUUCUGAGGGGCAAGAAUCCGAACGACAAGAUGGAUGUGCGGCGGACAUUGAGUCACGGCUCCAAGAUCAAGAUCCUGAUGCAUUCCGAGCAGCAGGAUCUGGAGUUCCUUGUUCGGAUACCCAAGCGCGAGGGGGAGUACGACAGAGCCUGGAUCCGGAAUCUGGAAGACUACUUUGAGCGCAUCGACGAUCUGCAGAAAGAGGCUGCCGAAACAGUGGUACCUACCCCAGGAGGCGGGCAUCCCGAUCUCUUCUCUUCGCCCAAAAAUCGACCGCCGCCGGCGCAGCCGCCCAAGAGGAUACCACUUCCGUCCGGCACGACCCAGGAGAACGUAGACCGGUUUCCGCGGGAGUGGCGUGGCUCGAACAAGUACAAUAAGGUCGGCCAGAUCGGCAAGGGCGCCUUCGCUAUCGUCCACAAGGUCACGUCCAAGUUCGACGGCAAACCUUACGCGGCGAAAGAGCUGGAGAAGCGGCGGUUCAUGAAGAAUGGAGUUCUGGACCAGAAGGUCGAGAACGAGAUGAGAAUCAUGCAGAAAAAUAACGUGGUCCGCUACAUCGAGCAUUUUGAUUGGGAGAAUCGCUUGCUCAUCAUCAUCAUGGAGUUUGUCCCCGGAGGUGACCUCGGCAGGCUCGUCGCUGAAAGGGGCAUCCUUCCCGAAGUGUUGGUCCAGCGUAUGGCCACCCAGCUGCUGAGCGCCAUGGACUACCUACACGAGAACAACAUUACGCAUCGAGAUGUGAAGCCCGACAAUAUCUUGGUCCAGUCGAUCGAUCCCUUUGAAGUCAAGCUGACCGACUUUGGCCUUUCCAAGAUGGUCGAUAACGAGCAGACCUUUCUGCGCACCUUCUGUGGCACACUCCUCUAUUGUGCGCCGGAGGUAUACUCCGAGUAUCUCGAAUACGAUGACCAUGGAUUCCGACAACCCCGGGGUAAGUCGCGGCGAGCCCCUCCUGGUCAACGUUACGACCAUGCUAUCGACAUCUGGUCCCUCGGCGGUGUUCUCUUUUACGCCCUCACGGGCAAGCCACCGUAUCCCGUGCGGAAUGGUAUCAGUUACUCGGAGUUGCUACAUCAAAUCAUGACCACGAAUCUCAACACUGAGCCAUUGGUCGAGGCAGGGGUAUCAGACGACGCAAUAGGCUUUCUCGGCUCUAUGCUGCAACGCCGCCCAGAACACCGGGCGACAGUGCACGAUCUACAAGGCGACCCCUGGCUCGGCGGGCAGAAGCGUCCAGAGGAUGCGGAGUCUUUGGACGAGGUUACGGAUGACGACGAGAGCGACCUGCAGGUUGGAGCUUCGCAGCUGAGCAUUCAGGAGGGGCAGAGCAGACGUCUUCCGCACGAGCCUCAAUUCGAAGAAGUAAUCGACGAUGUCCUAGACGAUUUUCUAGCCGAGGAUUCGGAAAAGGAGAACGAGGAUGAGAAUGGAACAUUUGGCCGUCCGGGCGCCGGCCCAAAGCUAUUUGGUGAGGUAAAUGUCUCAGCCGUUGGGAGCUCGGGGGUCAUACCGGAGGGCCGCCUGAACAUAUCACUCCCCGGCUCCUCUCACAAUGCACCCGAAGACAGCAUGGAGACGGAGAUAUUGGAUAGCCAAGGGUCUCAUGAAGCUUCGACCAUCGGCGGACAUUCAAACAACGGCGCCCGCCUUUCUCUGUCAAGGACAAACGGCCAGUCCAACGACCAGCUGCACAGUCUGGUGGAGAACGUUCGGUCACAAAGCCUAGGGGCAUCCGAAUCAGUCAUUCUCGACACGACCAUGAAGACUGCCAACGAUUCAGGCGUUAACGACAGCUAUUGGACCGCGAGCAAACGCAAACCCGCAUACGAUACGAGUGACGAGUUUGAGGAGUCAAGGCCGGGGAAACCGGUCGUCAAGCGGCUUCGGUCAGAGGGCAAUAUCGAGGCCCUUGCCGAUCAGGCUAUGGAGGAGUUUACGCUUCUGGCUUCUGUACCGCUCGUCGAGAGACUGAAGUCUGGCCGACAGAUUGAUGGUCCCCAGGACAAAACGUUUUUCUGGGAGGGACAGAACAUGGGAACUUGGCAUCUCGACUAUCCAGAAAUGACCGAGUUACAGCGACAAGUAUUCACGCAAGCCGCCGAGAGUCGCAAGGAGGUGUUUGCGCCAGGCAAAUCAGGUCUCUGGGAUCUGGCCAUGAAAUACUUCCCUCCUCAUCAGGGUGGUCUCGGGGACACGGAGCAGCCAGUACUUCUGAACCCUGACGACAGGCCGCGCACCCUGCAACGCGAUGUGAGGACCAUGGCGGAACUCAGAGAAGCGAGCGCUCCACCACCGACAGCGCCGCCACCGGAAGAGGAUGAUCUGCCAGACACGCUACCUCCCGAGACCCAACGGAUUGUGCCCAUCAUUGAUGACGAGGUGCCCCAGCGUGCGUUGGCGGUGCUGGAAUCCUCGCCUGGCUCUGUGGUGUCUGGCAUCUCCGUUCCCGUGCGAAAUACAUUUGUGUCCUGGGGCAGGGGGCCUGAGAAUACAGCCGUGUACACACCGAAGACUGAACUUCGGGUUCCGAAAUAUGCCGUCAAGAUACUGCUGUGGACAGAAGAGCUUGAGCCAACCAGACGGCAUGCCAGCAAGACUGUACACCCCUGGGACAGACAAGACGUGGACCCUACCAAGUAUGGAUUUUACCUUUCGACGAAAGCGACCAUCGGCAUCCACGUCAACGGCUGUCACCUCCCCUCGCCGCGGCCGGGAUCAUCUUCGCUGCACUGGAUUCAACUACACGACGCGCUUCGUCACAGCCGCGCACGACCCCCGGGCCCGCCGCGCAUCAUCUCAUCCUCUACGGCGCGCCGCCUUGAAGAGGCGUCGAGCAAGGCGGAGCGGCGCGCGAGGACGGACGCAGAGCGCCAGCGCCGCCUGGGCGACGCGGACCGCGACUUUGCCGAGCGCAAGGCGAGAAUCGACCGUGAGAGGGAGAGGACCAUGAUUUUCGAGAGGAGGGUGCUGGAGGCGAGGGACAUGCUCAUCGCUGUCAAGGCGGGGGCGUCGCGGAGAGAUUCGCCCGCCAGCGCGCCGGCAACGACAAUCGCAAGGGGCCUGACGCCGUUGGGGGCGCCUUCGCCCAGGCUGGGUAGGGCGACUCCGGAGGUCUGA